AUGGUUUUCGAACAACUUCUCAAGGAUAUUGAGGCAGCUUUUCCAGCUGAAAGUGCACCCGGUUCUGAAGCCAAUCGCAUGUUGCGGGAAUUGGUGAACUCUGUGCGCAGGAAGCUUACAGAAACCUGGACAGGUGAGUCCCAAACUUAUCUUCUCACCUCACCUUAACAAUUAUUUAGAAACUCGCGAACUCAAAACACCUGUUCGGGUGAAAUCCAGUCAUGUUGCUUCGUAUCGGAGGGUGCUGCAAAAAUUAAAGGUGCGUUUUGCCGUAAUUGUUUUCGAAUGUCACAUGCGAAGAAGUAUUUCUAUGGGUAUUUGGGGAGUUGUAGUAUUUGUUGCAUCCGAAAUUCGCAUGGCAAUGUCCCUGUGCAUCGUGUAGUUUUGUUCUCUACAUUUUGCUGAUAAUGUAUGUGGUCAAAAUAGUUCGCCAAAAAUGACUCAAAAUUGCGAAAUGAUAAGUGGGCUUGCAGAAAACUUCUCCCGCUCCAAUGGCGAAUGCGCAUGGAACCUAACCACUCUAACUUCCCUUACCUAUGUGCCCAUAGGCACGGAAAGCUGGGAUGGAAUGGUAAAUGACUAAUUCUCAGAUGGAAUGUCAUAGAAUUCACGCUGGUCGAAAGCCAUCAUACACGGCUGCAUCCUGAAGCCGGCGACCACACGUGGAUCACUUCAUGGACAUUCGUUUACAUAUCAAGAAAAACAUGAUCUUGACAACCUCCCUCAUUCCACCCACCCGAACCCCCGACUAAUCGUUAUUAGACCACCUGCGAAGUUCUGGCCUCAAACUUUAACGGUCGAAUUGGACAACAAUAUUCCCUUAUGAAGUCGAAUGUGUGGAACGCCGCAUGCAAGGGAAAGAGGAUUCGGAUAAAAUGGAGGAUGCGCCGUGCGCGGACUGGCGCCGGCUACUAUAGAAGGCAUCCUCAUUGAUACUGCACUGUAAGCAUUCUGUGGAUUUAAAAGGUUCGUGGUUGUUGGGAUCGGACAAUGCUCAAAAAUGAGCAACCGAGAGAGGGAAACUUGAAUUUCCGUUUCUGGGUUAUCUACGUUCAUCAAACAGUGAUAUCUUAAGCCCAGGAUGCACAACCGAGGUCCAAAUCUGAGUUAAUUUACCAUAACUCAGUGCUCUCAUCACUAUACUACCUGACACGCGUCAUUUUGGCCGAGAUUGGAAGUAUUUAGUCACAGAAGAGCGAAAUGUACCAGUCUAUCUUGCUUGCCAGACGAAGAUGACAUUUUGGG